AUACGCACCCGGAGAGCGUAGCUCCCCGCGCGUCACAGUCGCACAGUCGCUGCACAACACUCCGCCGGUCCGCCCCGCUUUGCUCCGCACCGGUUCGGGUCCCUCACGUGCGCGGAUCUCCACCUCGGGCUCGGUCGCUUCGAGAAGGGAAAAAAAAGGGAUAGGCAAGCAGCGUGGAGGCGACUCGACUCGAGAGGCGAGGAGGCGAAAAAGAAAGAUAAGGCGAGGCGACCGGGCGGCCACCGCGCGCUCCCAGAUCCGCCCUUCUCCCGCGCAGAUCCAGCUCGCCGGAGCGCCCACGACAGGACGCGGCCACCUCGAGCUGUAUUCGGACCUUAGGGUCUCACCUCCUUCAGAUCCAGCUACCAGAUGUUUGUAAAUGGCGAACAGAUCUGACUCGCUGGCGCCUGGGCACAUGACACCGACUGUCCUCAUGGAGUUUGGGCAGCAGAGGCUCAUAAAGAGGGGCUAUGAAGAAAUGGCCUUCCGGGGCGUGGCAUCAGCCUUGCCCCGGGGGUAUGCAGAGACCGUCGGUGAGUCGGAAGGUGCAGCCGGCAGCCCUGUUCGUGUCGACUCGGAGGACUCGUCGGCUCCAAAGCGCAAGUGCAUCAGCCUAAACAGCAAUGGCUUCGAUGUAAAACGGGAGAUCUUUGUGCCAUCCAAGAUGUCAUCCUCCGAGCGGCGGUAUCUUCGGAAGAGAUUCCGGGCAGAGCUUGAUUCCGUCCGAGAUCUCCUCAAGAAGCCAGAGUUUGCAGCUCCUGCCCCUGUCAAUCGAGCACCUGCGUUGUCAUCCUCAGCUGCCCCUCGGGCCAAGCAGGGGCAUCGUGGGAGCCAUGUUGCCCGUGGUGCGAAGGGACGGUUCUUGCCUACAAAAUCCCAGCCUGAACCUUCUGCGCUGUUAUCUGAAGCUGCAGUAUUUAAGCAGUGUGAUGCUAUUUUGAAGAAGCUGAUGACUCAGAAAUGUAGUCAUAUAUUCAACGUCCCAGUUGAUGUGGUGAAGCUGCAAAUUCCAGAUUAUUUUGACAUUAUCAAGCACCCAAUGGACCUUGGUACCGUCAAGAAGAAGCUAGACUCUGGCUCAUACACAAGCCCAUCAGAUUUUGCGGCUGAUGUUAGGCUGACCUUUAACAAUGCAAUGUCUUACAAUCCUCGUGGGCAUGCUGUCCAUGACAUGGCCAUCCAGCUGAACAAGAUGUUUGAGAAUAAAUGGAGGACAAUUGAAAAGAAGUUGGCUUCUGUUCCGACUGAGACACAUGUUGAGGUUGACAGGACUGACUCGAGGAGGAAGACUCCUCCCGUGGACUGCAGUGAUGUGUCAAUGGAGUGUGUAAGGCAAGCAGAGACUGGAAAACCGAAGAUGACAUUUGAUGAGAAAGAAGCCUUUGGGAACUGUUUGUCUUCUUUAUCCGAGGAUCAAGAAUUACCUGCUCACAUCAUUGAUCUGCUGCAACAGUGCAUUGACAGCAAUACAGAUCAGCUUGGUGACGGAGAGAUAGAGAUUGAUAUACAUGCCGUCAGUGAUGACCUACUAUUCGAGCUGAAGAAAAAUGUUGACAAGUAUUUGCAAGAGAGAGGGCAGAACCAGCAGGCGAAAUCAGAGCCUUCCGAAAAUGAGGCUGUGAAUGUAUCUGGCCUUAGCCACUCGUCUAUGAAUCCAUGCAAAGGUGGUGAGCCUGUUGAGGAGGAUGUGGAUAUUUGUGGCAAUGCCUCCCCUAUAUUGAUAGAAAAAGAUGCACAAAUCAGGAGUAGCAAGUGUGGUAGUCCAAUUAGUUCCAGCAGCGACUCUGAAUCAUCUUCUAGCGAUUCUGACUCAGGCAGUGACUCUGAAAGUGAAUCAGAAAAAAUUGGUAGCCCAACAAAGCUUGCAAAGGGAUCUAAGAAACCUGACCAGCUGGUGGAGCAAGAAAAGAGUGAUGUUAUUAGUCCAGCUGAUGCCAACCGUCAUGCUGAUAAUGCGGGGCACGGCGAAGAGGACAGUGAAUCCAAGCUUGCACCAGAGGGGGAAAACUCAAAACCCGAUAGGCAAGUCUCCCCGGACAAGCUCUUUCGAGCAGCCCUUUUGAGGAGCCGUUACGCCGAUGUGAUUGUCAAAGCUCGUGGCAUUCUUAGCCAGGGCGGGGACAAACAGGAGGAACUCGAAAAGGUCCAGAAGGAAGAGAAAGCACGUCUGUUGGCUGAAGGUAACGCGGCUAUGGAAGCUCGCAGAGCUGAAGCUGAAGCUGAAGCUAAGCGUAAACGGGAUCUUGAGAGGGAGAAGGCUCGUCAGGCCCUGCAGGAGAUGGAGAGAACUGUAGAGAUCAAUGAUAACCUCCAUCUCAAGGAUUUGGAAAUGCUUGGAACAGCCACAGAACAUAUUGUGAGCUCUGUUGAUGAGACUAGUCCAGAGCACUCCCAGGAUGGCAUGCCCAGUUUUCUUCCUCGAUCCGUCAAUCCACUGGAACUACUUGGACUAUUCAUGAAAGCAGACGAUGAAGAAGAUGAAGAAGAGCCGAGCAGUGUUCCCAGCUUUAAAGAUGCGGAGGAAGGAGAGAUCAACUAAUGGUGCUGUAUUGGUUGGCAUGCCCUCUCUAGGGCUAGAGGCUGGUGCCAACCUACUGAUCCAACAGAGCAAUUGCCUCUUGCAGCCAAUGUUUGCAGGGCGAUGGCUGGACAGUUGCAUGUGUUAGACGCCGCCAAAUUGGUGCCGAGAAAGCCCUCAGUUUUGGUGCUGCCGAAGGGGUUGAAAAAUGUGCCUGGAAGAUGGAGUUAACCUUGAACAGCUUCAAUUGAACAUAUUUAUGUGCUUGGAGAAGGCUUGGUGAAGGACUUGGUCACCAUGGACAGCGUUAAAUGAACAUAAUUAUGUGCUUGGAGGAUGCAAGUGAGUUUUUUUCUUCUUGAUCGUGGACGAUAUCAAGUUUGGCUGCCGUUGAAUUUUAUCUUGGAAGUGGCCGCUGCAAGAGCUGGGUGACAGAACGACAAAAUACUGUGUGAUUGUGACAUGAUAUUCAAGUGACGCCCAAAUUCAAAUGGCUCUUGGUUUAUUGCAACACCGCCGCUUGCAAUGUGAUUUAGUGCAAAGUUUCAAGCGUCCAGGCGUUUGCACAGCGGCCCAUAGCUUCUUUUUUCCUUUCUUUUUAUGUUUUAGAUUGUGUAGUUUGCUUCCUACUGUAAAUCCGAAUUUUGAUGUAGUGGAGGAAGCGCUAGUUGUUUUGUUUGUUCUUUUCACGCAAUUUGUUGUCAUCAGGGCGCCCGUGCUUCAUUUGAAUAUACAAACGAGAAACUGCUCAA